ACAGACAUAAAGAAAAAAAUAAGUAAAUGAUCGUCCAAGAUGGCGAACUUAACUUCAAUUUGUUAAAAAAUCUGAUUAAAUAGUGUUUCCUGAGUAAUAAUUCGAUAUAUUUUUUCAUGUCUGAAUUAUUUUCGAAAUAUUAUUUGUGCUUAACUAAUAAGUGAACUAGUUGGAACGUCUUAUCUGUGAAUGAAUAUCAACUUUCACAAUGAGCGAAAUUGCCAACAGUGAAGGAGCUUCAGAGUCUGAGAAGCCGGUUUCGAAUGACGGUGUUAUAUUCCCGCCUUUCCCAGAUCCUAAUGAUGAUGACUUUGAUGAUGAUAUUGAGGAAGAAGAGAGAAGUUACUACAAAACUGUUUUUAAAGACCUCAACACCUUAAAGUCUAUGAGACUACAUUGUACGGCUUGUGAUCGUCAUCUAGGAUGUGCAGCACGCAACGAAUCCCGUAUGCGUGCUCAUCCAAUGCUACGCACUCUCGUCUGCCAUACUUGUCACAUCUUCUAUAACAGUGGAGAAUUUGAGAAGGGUGAUGAUGGCUCUGAGCUGUAUUGUAGAUGGUGUGGUCAAGGUGGACAAGUUUUUUGUUGUUCUGAUUGCCCUCAUGUGUUUUGUGCGAAAUGUGUCAAGCGUAAUUUUGGAAUGUCAAAGGCCAAAGAAAUUGAAAAUAUAGAUGAUUGGAAAUGUUUUAAAUGCAAUAACAAAUGUCUUUGGGACCUUCGUGCACUAUGCUGGGCCGUUCUACGUUUCUGUGACCUCAAAAAUAAAAUGGCUCAUCAAGCUCAAGAUCCAGAAUUAAAGGAAGCAUAUAAAAAGGAUUGCUCUGUAGAUUAUUCUGAAUGUUGCAAAAGCAAAACAAAGAGAAAUCAGAAAACAGAAACUCCAAAACGGAAGGAAAUCAAGAAGGAAUCAGAUGUGAAGUCAAACACAGAUGCUAAGACUACUUCUAGUAUAAUAUCUAAAAUUUCACCAACAAUUCAGGUCAAAAAGUUUGCUUCUGUAAAUAUUGAUGAGGUGAAACAAGAAAAAAAGCCCCAAAAGAGAUCUUUAAGUCCAAAAAACAAAGCAGUUUUAGUAAAAAAUCCAAUAAAUAUUGCACCAAACACAAAGUUGCCAUUGCCACCACUUCCUAAAAGGAUGAAGUUGCCUCCAUUGUUAGUAAACAGUACUAUACGAGUCAUAAAUGACCGGAACAAGCCGUUAACAACCUAUACUCGCAUUAAGCCUAAAACAACUCAAACAGUGAUUGGUACUUUCAAUGGUAUUAAUCCAAAUAUCUAUAGUAAUGAUAAUAUUAACUUAUCAUUAGAAAGUCUAACGCAGGGAUUAGACAUGUCAACUGUGGCUGCUUUAACCGGUAAACCACAAGAAGACGACGUUGUGUGCACUCCAGACUUCCCACUGGAGCCUUUGUGUGAGGUUACUGAAGACAAUGAUGAUGACGUACAAUGUAUUACGCCAGGUCCUGUUGUUCCACCAAAGCUAAGCAACCCACCUCCUUUAGUACCACGUCUCAUAAAUAAUCAACCAGUUGAUGUAACAUCAGAUAAUGUUGUUCAAAUGACUGAUAACGAUGUUACCGUUAACACAGCCACAGGCGGUUUGAAAUUCCGUGUGGACCCUCAAACUUUAUCAUCAAAUAAAAUGUAUCGUCUACCGGAUGGUCGCAUAUUUGCUAUUAAUUCAAACCCUGCUAUGCCAGGUGGAUAUUCAGCUACUAUAGUAGCAGUCGCCGAAGCAACUGGUAAAACGAUAUCGAAAGGCGCCACGUAUGCAGCUAAACUUAGCUCGGUCGCUCCUUCACCUGUAGCCACUCCCAAAGCAACCCGGAAUGUACCUCGCAUUUUAAAACGUAGUACACCAAAAGCUACUAUUUCCAAAAUAAAACCUGCUGAAGUUAUGCCUAGAAAUUGCGAUUUGAAUGUUCCAGUAGAAUGGUAUAGAUACAAUUUAGUUGAUGCAGUUGAUGCUUUGGAAUACGCUCUCUCAAGACUUAAUAAAUUAAAAAAAGAAGCUACUACUGUCUUCUUACGUACUCGAACAAUUGAUGAAAUGCGCACUAUUCAUAGAAGUUUCGAGAGGUUGCUGAAUACGUCAUCUAGUAGAUUUACUGAAAUCCGUGAUAAUCUGAAUAAAGGUUUUAAACAGUAUCUUACACGGAAGUCAGGUGGCAACAGUGAAGAUGACGAUGACGUCGAAAUAUUACCAGAUAUGGAAGUUAAUGAUGAUCCUAUAUUUAUAGACGAAAAUUCUAUCGAAUCUAUUAAUGGCUCCGAAAACCAAGAGGUAGAUUUAACAAGUGUUGGUAGUGAAUAUAAUGAUAGUGAAGAGAAUAAUAAAAGUGAUAACUUUUCCAAAAGUGUAACUGAACCUUUAAAUGACAAUGAACCUAUUGAAAAUAGCGAUUCACUAGCAGUUAUAAGUCACAAAAAUAACUCUGUGAAUGUCCCAGUAAAUGCAAUUAACAAACAAAGCAGUGCAAAUGAUAAAGUGUUGAAUAGUGACAUAGUUAAAGAAACUGAAAGGGACUUGAGAGAGGACAAUAAAAGAAAAAGCAAUGUUCAAGACGAUGUCAUUAUGGAAAUUAGUGAAAACGCUUCUGAAAAGAACAUUCAAGAACAGAGUAGUACUGUAGCUGAUGCUCCUGUUACUGAAACAGAAAAUGACAAAGUAAAUAAAAAAGAUAACAUGGAUAUAGAUGAAGAAACUGACUCCAACACAGACACAAUCAAAAAUGACAAUAUAGACAAGGCAGAUACACUGCCUACCAAGAAUAAUUUGGAAUGUACAGAAAAUUCUGAAAGGAAUGGUCUACAAAAUGAUGAUGAGGGUGAAAAGAAGUCAAAUAAGGUAGCUGAAGUAAAGGAUGAUGGUAUAAAUAAUAAUGAUUUAAAUGAUAAGGCUGAUAAUCAAGAUAGUGAUGAUAGACUGCAAGAUACUGAAAUGAGUGAAGAGAUGAUUGAAACAUUGUUGAAAGAUGAUGUAGGUGAUGAACAGGGAACCAGUUUGAAAACUGUAGAAUCUUCUGAAAUAUUAGAAGAAACCUAAAUAACUUUUUAUAUCUUAUUUUAGGUAAGUUAUAUUAUACUAAAUAUGCAUAAGCUAGGUAGUUAAGUACAUAAAUGAAACUGGUCAACAUUUUAAUACUUGUCUAAAGUUGUUAGCCGACUUCAAUGUAGAUAUUCAAAACAAUUAUAAACUAUAUAUUAUUUGAAUGGGCAGAAGUGAUAGAGAACUGUUUUAAUUAUCAAAUGAUAUUUUUUAUUUUUAAAUGUAUCUUGGAUCUGAAAUACAUUCAUCGGUUGUCAACCACUCUAGUUGCUGAUUUUUUUAACAUCCCAUAUAGGUAAAAAUUACCAAAACUCUCAAGUGAAAUGUCAUUAUUUGUUUUACUUAGCUGCUAAUCAUAGUGAACCGUAUCUAUAAACGAAAUUUGUAUAGAAUUGAAAUAUCAUUAUCUGAUUUAGAUGAACUUUAGUUUGAUUGCGUUUUUCAAGAAGUUUAGUGUACAUGCAGCACUUAUUUGGAUAGUACAAAAAGUGUUGGUGUCAGUAUUAAGCAGUUUGUAAAGACUGCAGACUUACGACGAAUUCAAACUAAGUCCUAACAUUAGACUACAAAAUCAAAUUAAAACUAUCGAAGCAGACUGGGUGCUGUUUUCGAAUUGUAUGUAGCUUGUAAAACAUUAUUGUGAACUGGAAUAUCUUACUGAAUGCUCAAUUAUCUGACAGAAAUAACAAUGUAUGCUAAUAACGCCAUAUGUUAAUAUGAAUACGAUUUUACUGUAUUUCUGGUACUUAUCAGAAAAUGUUGCAUGUCCUUAUAUUACAAGCUAUUAUGGAAUAUAAUCUGAUUGAGAAAACCAGGGUGAUGCACUGUGUAAACAGUUUCUUGUUAUUGCCUAAUAAUAUCCAAGAAGUCAAGAAAAAUAAUAUCAACUGUUCCUCGUAACUCAUAUUUUCUCUGGAAUUGUUGUCUCUAUUUUUUUAUUAAGACUUAUCUAUGUACGAUAUAAACAAAAGUAAAAACACAAAAUGGCAAUGCAACCCCAAAAAAUAACGUUGGCAUUUUGUUUGUUAGUUUAAGUACAGAUUAAUUCAAACCCUAAUUGUUAAUUGUCUGUCAUCUAAUAAUAAUAUUGAUGUUUAUAACUAAGUCAUUGUAGUACAUUUUUGUUUAGGAUGUAUCUGAAAACUGAUAACAAUACAUAUAUGUUAGUGAAUAACUAGUUUACUGUUUGUGGCACAAAACUCCGAACUAUUUGUCUUGUUGAAAGAAUUUUUGUUCUAUUAUUCAGUACACUGGCUAAUUAAAAGUGCACUGACUAAUAUCUAUCACAGUAUAUUACAUUUAAAACAUUGGAUUUACUUUUUAUAUCGUCAAGCUAAAGCAGUUGUUUUAUAUUUUUAUGUCUCAUUGAGAAGAAGAAAGGAUAAAAUUAUAGCAACUUGAACUUAUGGCAUGUAUACCAUUCAAAUGGUAGUUACUUGUAUAUUUGUUUGUUUUUUAGGCAUUAUUUAAUUUGUUCCUCUUUAUGUGUAUUCAUUAGUAUUCCAAACAAGAUUCAACAAUCGUUAUUUGCCACACGCUUCAUAUAAUAAUUAAUUCCAUAUAAUAAGUUGAAGUAAUGCCGCAUUUCUUAUGCUUUUUAUCCUGCAGUAGAUUUUAUAAUACAGAAUUACUCAUUACAAAUAGCAUGCACAUUUACAAAUCAUUACAAAAUUAUUCUUGGCUUAUUUAAUUUAUUUAAAUAGAAAUUAAUCGAAUUUAGUUCUCAUUCGAAUUGAAGUGGUAAUAGUGUACAACAAAUUUAAUAAUAAUUAUAUAAGUUAUAUUAAAUAUAUUAUUUGAAAUUAUUAGCUACAAGCGUGUUUAUUUUUUCAUAUUAAAUAUCCAAACGUAGAUUUACGACAUAGUUGUGUAGGAUAAUAUGUAGUUUUUAUAUAACUUUUAUAUUUAUAGGAAAGUUCAAAACAACAACAAUUCUAUACCUAUUCGAAUUUGAUCCUUAUAAACGAACAUCGAAAGUUGAAUCUCGUUAGGAGAUACAUAUUCGUAUUUUGUUUAUGAGCGUAUAUUUUAUAAUUUAAGUUCAUUAACUUUGUGAUAUCUGACAAGGUGACUAUAGUAAACAUGUAAUUCCUUUAAGUAUUGGAACUAUAAUAAGUUUAUUUGACUUUUGAACUAUGCUAUAUAAUGUUAUAUAGACUUUAGUUAUAAAUUCCUCGCUUAUUUUUGAAUACUAAAAAGUGAUGUAAAUACAAAUCUGGCUCAGGCAAAUGUAUCGAUGGAUGUUAAGCCAUUUAGAAUAUUUUAUGUUUUUUUUUUUUUGCUAAUGUAAUGUUAUUGUGAUAGUCGAUAGGCCUUCUGAUCUGAUGUGUCUGUCGGUAUAAGUAAAUUGUUGGAAUAAGAAAUACAAACCCAUUGUAUUUCAUAAAAAAGUAUUUUUAUUUAUUUUGUUGUCCAUAUUUUUUAAUUUCUUGUAUAAUCAAAAUUUAUGCUUAAAGUAUAAUCUUCAUCAAACAAUAUAAAUUGGUGGGAACAUUUAACCAAAAUUAAACAACGAAGCAGUGACAUCAUUUUAUUAAUAAAAAAACUUAGAUUUUAUUUAUACAAAAUUACGAAUGCAAAUAGUCUGUGUUUGAUACCUUAUAGAGUAUAAAUUAAUGAUGACAGCAAUAUCAAAACAUGAGACAAAAGCACUUUAAUAUCACAAUUCUGUUUGUAUAUAAUUCGUGAUUGCCUAGAAUCUAAAUUAUGAAAUGCAAUUUAUAAAAAAAAACUUAUAAAGUAAUCCUAGAAAUUAAUAUUUUAUGAGAAUUUAGCUGCUUUUUACGAUAACAAAUCAACCAAUUGGUGGAAGAAUAUAAAACAACAUUAUUAUGUAUCAUUUUGUCAAACAUUACCCACGCUAUGUGAAUGCGAAAGGCUCAUUACUAGACCAACUUACUGUUUCUCAAAAGUUCAUUCACACAAGCACCAUGCAAUCUCUCUGUUUUCCCAUUUAAAGCUUAAUAUAUGGGACGAAAAAAAGAA